UACCACAACACUUUGCAGUGUAAUAACUGUUCCAUGACUAUUUUUAUAGUUCCUUUUCAAAGCGGUGGAAUUAAGACACAUUGAAGUUCAUACAAAGAGAUGAUUGACAUUUGGCUCCUUAUUCUCAUCAAUUAUUUUGAGCAUUUUUCUCUGAUCAGCAUUGCAGGUCAUCAUAGUAUAAGCCUAAAAAUGGAUAUUGUCAUCCAUGUUAUGCUGUGAUUGAUAUGCACUCAUUACAUUCAUUAAUAGUGCAAAUCCAGUUUUACAUUUCUUAAUCCAAGAUGCAACAUUUGUUUUUCCUCCCUUCUUUGCUUGCCUUAUGUUGUGUGUGUCUCCUUUGUGCAUGAAGGAUUAUGCUGGAAGGACAAGGUUUUACUGCAUGGGACUGCUCUGAUUGUGCAGUUACACUGGCAAUAAAUUGUUGAUGGAGAAGGAGAGAGCGGCGGUUGGGUGGGGAAAAAAAAAGAAAAUAAUCUGUAGUCUAAAUUAUUGAGUGCAAUCUAGGCCUUAUACUUUAUGCCUUUUGCAAAGCGUGUAUGUACUGGAGUGUAUGUCUGGUGUACUUCUCUGUUUGGCUCAGCCACUGAGCACUGUGGCUUGAAUGACCUAAUAUUAUAUGUGCAACAGCAAUGAGAUUCCACCCACAUUCUGGGUUUGGACUGCUAAUCCAUAAUUCUACCCUGUGACAAUGUUCUAAGAAAACACAUUGAUACAGACACUUGAAGCUCUCUUCUGCCCCUCCCUUUUGGACAUGGGAAGCGGUAAGCUUGCAGGUCAUCCUUAGAUUAAGCAUGAAGCUACAGCACUAAAGUACUUGACCUCACUGGAGGAAAGUCUAAGAGCAGUUCCACACCCACAUCCUCUCCUAUGGGACUCCACACAGAGAACAGGCAGCAGUGGGAGGUGUAUUUUUGGACACUCUUAUAGAAAAUGAGACUCUUCUGCAUGGCUCUAGCUGUCUUCUAUUUACAGCAGGUUGGAAGGAGAACCACGCCACCUUCAUGUGUGAGCUGAAGAACUUGCAAGCGUCCGGAUUGACAACGUUAGGCCACGCUCUUCGCACAGCCUUUGACCUGCUUAACCUCAACCGCCUCGUCUCCGGCAUAGACAAUUAUGGACAGGGGCGUAACCCUUUCUUCCUUGAGCCAUCCGUGAUCAUCACAAUCACAGAUGGCAACAAACUUACCCACAGCUCGGGGGUCCCAGACGAGCUGCACCUGCCUCUAAACUCCCCUCUGGCUGGCAGCGAGCUGACCAAAGAGCCCUUCCGCUGGGACCAGAGGUUGUUUGCGCUGGUGCUUCGGCUCCCGGGAGCAGCCACGGCAGACAACGAACAGCUCGGUAGUGUCCCCACCGAUGAGUCUGCCAUCACCCAAAUGUGUGAAGUCACAGGAGUAGCACACAUUCUUGUUUUUGUCUCAGGGCGCUCAUACUGCGUGCGAACUCAGAGAAUGCUGAACCAGUGUCUGGAGUCUCUAGUUCAAAAAGUUCAAAGUGGUGUUGUCAUUAAUUUUGAGAAAACGGGGCCAGAUCCUCCUCUUGUAGGGGAAGAAAACUCAGAAUCAAGUCGAUCUGUGUCAUCCUUCAGCCCGCAGCUGUGGCACAGCUGCCACAAACUCAUCUAUGUGCGGCCCAACCCCAAAACAGGGGUGCCAGUUGGGCAUUGGCCCAUACCAGAGUCCUUCUGGCCGGACCAGAACUCUCCUACGCUGCCCCCUCGGACUGCCCAUCCGGUGGUACGUUUCUCCUGUGUGGACUGUGAGCCCAUGGUGAUAGACAAGCUUCCGUUUGACAAAUAUGAACUGGAGCCUUCUCCUCUCACCCAGUACAUUCUGGAAAGGAAGUCUCCACACAUGUGCUGGCAGGUGUUUGUCAGCAGCAGUGGGAAGCAAAAUGACCUGGGACAGCCUUUUGGUUACCUGAAAGCCAGCACCACUCUCACAUGUGUCAACCUUUUUGUCAUGCCUUACAACUACCCUGUGCUCCUCCCACUCCUCGAUGACUUGUUCAAAGUGCACAAACUAAAGCCAAACCUCAAGUGGCGACAAGCCUUUGAGAUGUACCUGAAAACCAUGCCUCCGUACUACCUCUUACCUUUAAAAAAGGCCCUGAGGAUGAUGGGGGCACCUAAUUUAAUUGGAGACAGCAUGGACUGCGGUCUGAGUUACAGUGUCAUCUCCUAUUUGAAGAAGCUCAGCCAGCAGGCAAAGAUAGAGUCUGAGCGAUUAAUUGUGUCUGUGGGGAAGAAGGCACCCCAGGAAACUGGCAUAAGGGUGAAGAACCACUCCAGCUCACUGUCUCUGGCCCACCGGCGAGACUUUAAACAGCUACUACAGGGAAUCACUGGAGAGGUUCCACUUCGCAUGGUGGACAUCAACGUCAAGGAGUUUGCAGGUUUUCAGAUCGCACUCCUCAAUAAGGAUGUAAAGCCUCAAAGUUAUCGAAAUGCAUACGACAUCCCAAGACGGAAUCUUUUGGAUCAGCUCACUCGAAUGCGCUCCAACUUACUGAGGACGUCACAAAAACUAAUCAGAGGUCAAGAUGAAGAUUACCUGCACAGUAUUCCCGUGGCUCAGAUGGGAAACUACCAAGAGUACCUGAAGAUGAUGCCGUCUCCUCUGAGAGAGAUCGACCCAGAUCAACCUAAGCGUCUGCAUACGUUUGGGAAUCCUUUCAAGCAGGAUAAGAAGGGAAUGAUGAUCGAUGAGGCCGAUGAGUUCGUUGUGGGCCCUCAAAACAAGAAAAGGGGAAAUUCGGGUGAUUCCAAUGCUGGUGCCACUCUGAAGAGAAGGCGGAGCAUGUCACCGUUACUACGACGGCCCCAGACUCCACCUGUCAAUACCAACCACAUUCUCAUUGGAAAGAGUCCUUCUGCAGUUCAAGGGCAACAGAACCUCCCAAAGGUGAUACCAGGACAGCACAAGGGAGUGGACGGCAAUGUGGCGGUCAUUGAGAGUAAUGGUGAUGGCGUUCCUGGGCUGGAAUCAGGAGACAAAUGGCCCAGUGAGAUGGACUUGGUAGCAGGGGCCCAAUCUUCCCUCAACCUGGAGGGUAAGGCCACGCCUGGAGCAGUGGAUCGUGGGGAAGACGCCAAAAUGACAGAGGAGAAAGCGCUGGUGGAAGAUGGUCAAGAGGAGCAGCCACUAGAGGAGAGAUACAACUGUGAACGUUUGAGUCCACAGAGCCAGACAGAGAGCGCAGACGCUGAUCCCUCCGUGCUGGAGACCAUCUACAUACCCCCAUUAGAUGGCAGUCAAGCAGAGCUGAGGACGCGAGUCAUCAAGGAGGUCCGCAAACCUGGAAGAAACAUUGAGGCAAUACUGGGACUACUGCAGCAAGUGAAAGGACCGGUAAAUGUCCAACGCUACUUCAUCCAACAUGCCAUCAAAGAGGCCUCCAGGUUCAAGAAGCGGGUGCUGAUCCAGCAGUUAGAGCUCACCCUUGCCGAGUUGGACGACAAACACGACGCGCCGUCACAACUUCCCAAUGAUCCCGGCAGUUAGUUUCACUACUACCAAACUACAAAACAGGGGGACAUAGUUUGAGCUGUGUGCCAAGAAUAAGAAGCCCAAAAAAAGACAAAGGCACUUCUACCGGAGCGGUCCAUGUGCUGUUACAUCACAUCCUGUUGGCAGAACACAUCUACUGGGGAAGAGUAGAUGGACUUUUUACAGUGGUGUGAAAAAGUGUUUGCACCUAGAUUUCCAAUUUUUCCCAGUUUGUCACACUUAAAUGUUUCAGAUCAUCGAACAAAUUUAAAUAUUUGUCAAUGACAACACAACUGAACACAACAUGCAGUUUUUAAAUGAAGCAUUUUAUUAUUAAGGGAGAAAAAAGGUCCAAACCUACAUGGCCCUGUGUGAAAAAGUGAUUGCCCCUUUAAAAUACUUAAGUGAGAAUAAUUGAGAUCUAUCAGUCUGGAAAAGGUUAUAAACGCAUUUCAAAAGCUUUGGGACUCCAGCCAACCACAGUGAGAGCUAUUAUCCACAAAUGACGAAAACAUGGAACAGUGGUGAACCUUCCCAACUGAAAAGACCCCAAGAGCUCAGCGCCGACUCAUCCAAGAGGUCACAAAAGACCCCACAACAACAUCCAAAGAACUGCAGGCCUCACUUGCCUCAGUUAAGGUCAGUGUUCAUGACACCACCGUAAGAAAGACACUGGGCAAAAACGGCCUGAAUGGCAGACUUCCAAGACGAAAACCACUGCUGAAGAAAAAGAACAUUAAGGCUCGUCUCAAUUUUGCCAGAAAACAUCUUGAUGAUGUUUUUUGAUGAUUGGUAAAAUACUCUGUGGUCUGACGAGACAAAGUUGAACUUUUUGGAAAGUGUGUGUCCCUUUACAUCUGGCAUAAAAUUAACGGCACAUUUCAGAAAAAGAACAUCAACAGUAAAAUAUGGUGGUGGUAGUGUGAUGGUCUGGGGCUGUUUUGCUGCUUCAGGACCUGGAAGACUUGUUGUGAUAAAUGGAACCCUGAAUUCUGCUGUCUACCAAAAAAUCCAGAAGGAGAAUGUCCGGCCAUCUGUUCGUGACCUGAAGCUGAAACAAACUUGGGUUCUGCAGCAGGACAAUGAUCCAAAACACACCAGAAUGUCCACCUCUGAAUGGCUGAAGAAAGAAAGACUUUGGAGUGGCCUAAUCAAAUCCUGACCUGAAUCCUAUUGAGAUGCUGUGGCAUGGCCUUAAAAAGGCGGUUCAUCCUCGAAUACCCUCCAAUGUGGCUGAAUUACAACAAUUCUGCAAAGAUGAGUGGGCCAAAAGUCCUCCACAGCGCUGUAAGAGACUUAUUCCAAGUUAUCGCAAACAACUGAUUGCAGUUGUUGCUGCUAAGGGUGGCCCAACCAGUUAUUAGGUUUAGGGGGCAAUCACAUUUUCACACAGGGCCAUGUAGGUUUGGAUUUUUGUCUCCCUUAAUUAUAAAAUGUUUAAUUUUAAAACUGCAUUUUGUGCAGUUUUGUUCAUUAAAGUGCGACAAACAUGCAACAAAAAAAAAAGAAAUCAGGAAGGGAGCAAACACUUUUUCACACCACUGUAUAUAAUUCUCUUCAUACAGACAGAUGACACUCACAAUCCACACUCCGCCAGACAGACAAUAAGCCAUAAAACAUGUUCAAACGGCAGCACAGAUCUUUCUUAAAGGCUCCAACCACAACUGCCAUGACUCAAGCACUGUCUUUUCACAAUUGGUGUCUAUAUUGUGAAAGCAAUAUAUACUGUAGGUAGUGUCGUGGUCAGGGUUGUUGGCGCCCUUUGAAUUUCAAGUACAUUUUAUUUGACUAUCUUCAGAAAAAAUAGAAAUCAACUAAAUUUGAAGUGCAAAGAAGGCAUGAAUAAGUCAACCCAUAAAACCUCCAUGCUGCUGGUGUCAUUCAGGCUAUUUCACAUCUGCUGGUACACUUAAUUUUAGCUCGCUAUGGAGCUGUCAGUAAGAUUUGGGUCAGGCUUGUUUAAAACAGUCCUUGUGAAAGGUCUUCAUAGUGGAAAAGCACCCGCACUAAGCAGCCCCAGAUCAUCUGCUAUCGUUAUUGAGGUGAGCCUUUCACUGUUCAUCAUGGGAGAACCUCCACUAUAUUACACCAAAAUAGGGUAUUAUUUGUGCCCUUUAGUUUCAUUUUAUUACAAACAAAAUCAAAACUUUAUCAAUGAGAGUGUGGCCAUGUUGUGCUCUUCAUGAUCAAACUGCAGAUUUUAGCUAGUGAGCUUGUUCUAGGCAGUAAAACAUUGUUUUAUAAUAAAUUAAAGUGCAAACUAUUAUUCUAUAUAUAUAAUAUAUAUGGGAGACAAAGUGUGCAAAAAACAUGAAAAGCAAAAUACAAAUCUCAUGGCCACUUUGUGUUUGUUUUGUCAAGACCCGCUGCUCGUAGAGAGGAGCAUGCUUUCAUGUUGGAGUUCCAAUAAGACCAGAAAACGUUUCAGUAAAUUCAAAGGCGCUAACCAUCCUGACAUGACUGUAAAACAUUUCUUGAAAAUACCUUCAAAAUUCAUCUUUAGGUGAUUUUUAAAAAAAAAAAAAGCGUAAUGGCAAUAUAUGCAGAAUGUCACAGAUGUACUGACAUGCUGCAAACAAAUCCCAUGCAAUGGUGGUAUUGUGUUAGUGUUAGGAUGAAACACACAGAGAGGUCACCAUCCUUAGAGCAAUAGAAGACUUGUCUUACUGGUGUGCAGCGGUCAGUGUCCAUUGUCAACACACACAUUUUACAGUUUGACUCUUGGGGGAGUUUAAGCAGAUUUGCUGUCAUUUCCAGCAACUUGACCGUAACCAUAACCACUUAGCUGAGAAUCAUGUCUCCCAGUUGAAUUUUCAAAAAAAAAGUCCCUAGAAGUAUGCCAAGGCAUGAACACACACACACACACACACACACACAAUGUUUCUCCAUUGACUGGUUGCGUCACCGGUUGAUUGGAAGGAAUCUGCUGCAUUGACUCCUUUGUUUUCAUGACCAAUGUACACUACUGUUUCAUGUUCAUAAGGAAGACUGAUUAUUUUUCUCUAUUUGUUCAUUUCAGAGGAUGACAAAUAUUUUGAAAGUCAAUUUUGUAAACUUAGAAUUUUAUUGAAUUUUUGUAACAAAACAAAUAAACCGCCUGUAAAAUGGUAUAUCUGCUGUUUCCAAUACGUGUGUGCAUAAGUAAGUUUGGUUUGAAUGCAUGCACAUUUUUUUAGCAUAUUAUUAACAGUACUCAGCAUGGAUUUCCCUUUUCGGUAUUGACAUUUUAUGCCAAACACGCGCACGCACACAGGAACUCAAAUGUUAGGUGGUGGGAGCUUGUAGGUGGUCUAAAGGGAAACAGGCUUCAGCUUGAGCAGCCCUUUUCCGCUUGGUCUGUCUCCUUUUAAUGUAGUGUAACAUUGUUUUGGGAUGGAAAGAACUACAGGGGACCAAAAGCGCCUUUUGAAAAAGUGCUGGAGACACGUCCCACCAUGCCCCGCUGAUUCUUUAGUCAGUGUACAGCUUGUCUAGCGCUACAGAUUUACAGUCCACUCAACAUGAUGCAACACACAUCCAUUGUUGUCUGCUUACUGUCAUUGGUCUUGCCUACAGUCAAGCAUGAUGAAGCAUGAGUGCUGCAGGGACUGGUGAGCUGGUGAGGUGAAUUUCAGCAUGUAUUGUCACACAAAAUACUGGCACUUUCAACCAGGCGUUUUCAUAAUUUUAUUUGUGAGGGGAAUGUUGCCUAAAGCGAAGGGCUCAGGUCACCAUGAAGGCUUCAAAAAAAAAAGUAUUACUCUCUCAGGUAUUUAUCUCAGUAAAAAUAUCACAUACUGGCUAAUAAAACCAUAAAAAAUAUCAAAAGUAUUCUCAUUGAAAGGUUUUUUAUGUUCAUGUCUAUGGGAGACUAUCCACUGUUAAAGAUCAGCCAGCAUCACCAGCCUAUGUAAACCGUAACCGCAAACGAGUACAGUAGUAAUUUCCUUACCCGAAAGGUCUCGUUUUGUUCAGGUUCCUCUGCUGACACCUGGUGGCCAACGGUAAAAACAGCACCCCCCCAGUUGAUUUACAUGACGUAACUGAACAGCCUUGAUGUCCGCCACUUCUUUCUUCAUCACAUUUCAUUACCAUGUAGUAGUAGCAAUUCAUUUUUGAAAUAACCACAUUAAAUGUCAAUAUCGGGGUAAAAUCAGGU